AUGAGUUAUGACCAAGUUCUAACUUGCAACUUUUUAAAUUAACAGUGCCUCAGUGCUUAAUUCGCUAGUAAAAAGACAGCUAAACUACCUUUUAAGUGAUGAUUUAUUUGAAUUAAAGAGGAUUCAUCCAAAUUAUAUAUAUCAAAACCCAAAAAGAGAGUUAUAUAAACAUCCACACUUCCUCGAUACAAUCUGUAUAAUCUCAAACCAUAGAACCCUGACUAAAUCUCAAAAAUACGAAAUAUUCACAAAAAUUUUACUAAAAAUUUCCUUUAAAAGUCCAAAUCUACCAAACAAAAUUCUACUGUAACUCAUCCAAAAUCUCUAGGAAUAAAACCUAAACUCUGAAGCCAAUACAAAACCCUAAUAGUAAACGGCAAGAAUACAGCUAAAGAAUUGUUAAUGAUAAAUAUUGGGAAGAGAUUGUACUGAAAAGAGGCAAGUUUCAUAGGGACAAACAAAAUUUUAGAAGAAGGAUA